CGCCCAUCAAUAUUUAACUUCGAAUUCUGAUGGGAAAGUUUUUAUUUAACUUGAAAGCUCAGAACAAAGCAGACGAUCGUUUUAACAGGAGAGCGAGAGAAUAUAUUAAGGGAUCACUACAACAAUAAUGCCAAAGCCUAAGGGGAACAUUUUACGAAUUUCAAAAUACUUAUUAAGUUGCGUAGGAUUUUGGAAGUUUGAGGACUCAAAGCAAAACUAUGUUAUUAGAAGCAUAUAUUUAUUUUAUUCGAUGGCCAUUAAGUUUUAUUUCACAGUAGUGGUGGUUUCUAUUUUUAUUCAAUUUAUAAUAACAAUCGCAAACAAUUCAUCGAAUUCAAACACCGAGACUUUUAGACAAUUGUCCCACCUAAUUAGCCUUUUAACGGCGCAUUAUAUUAUGCUAGUCACUCAAAGUGCUAAAUUUGACAAGAUAUUAUCGCACAUGACAAUACUAGAACGGUCAAUGCUCGAAAGUGAAGAUAAGGAAGUUUCCGACUCUCAUUUAAAUGAAAUCCGAUACAGCAACCAUGUCAGCUACUCCUUCUCGAUAUUGACACUAUGUACCGGCUCAUUUUUCCUCUUAGAGAAUUACAAGAAUAAUGUGAGUGUGGCGAAGUUGAAUAAAAAGAACAACCAAACUUUGGAAAGACCACUACUAGUGGAAUUGUAUUAUUAUAAAAUAAACAAAGACAAACAUGCAAACACGUUAUUCAUAGCUAACGAAAUUACCAUAAUCCUGAAUACUUUCAUUAUAAUUUCGACCAAAAUAAUAAUAUUUACCUGCAUAGUAUUCGCAUCGUCUGUCCUCAAAAAGCUGCAGAUCAUGUUUAGAAAAUAUGCUGUGUACAAUGAUGAUAUACCGAUGAACCUAAAAUGUCUCGUGUCAGAUCAUUGCAGCGUCAUUAGAUAUGUCAAAAAUUUAAACGAUUCAGUAAAAUAUCCGAUAUUGUUGGAGUACAUCUUAAAUUCGAUGAGCGUGGCGGCAGUGUCGGUUGAAGUUAUAAUGGAAGAACACAAUAAUUUGAUGUUUAGGCCUGCAUUCUACCUUUGUUUGCUGGUAGUUCAAGUGUUCACUAUGGGGCUUAUUUCCAAUGAAGUGAUAAUACAGAGCAUUAUGCUUACGGACGCCCUGUACGAAAGUCCAUGGUAUGAUCAAAACAAAUAUAUUCAAAAAUUAUUAUUAACCGUCAUAAUUCGAUGUCAGCGGCCUCUGGUAUUAACGAUUGGGCCGUUCCAACCUAUGACUCUAGGGUCUGCAUUAGCGAUAUGCAAGGCAUCUUAUUCAUACGUGAGCCUGAUGAUACGAAAUUAUCAGUAACAAAACGUGUUUUUAGAGUGUCCGUCGUUCAUCAUAAACUGCUCGGCGCGCCACCAAUUACAAUCUCAUUAAAUAGAUUAUAUCGACAGAAAACUUUGGAUGCAGUAAAGGUAGCUAAAUGUUUCCGAUGGCCUUAAUGCACAUGCUGUUUCCUAUUCGCAAGAGUUCGUCAUUAGUUCUACAGUAUAGUGGUUGUCCCAGAAUCCCCCAACACAUUCAAGAUUUCUGUAUGUUCAGCAGUGCCAGAAGGCCUUUGCGAUAUCUACGAAUCUAUACACUGAUAGCUUACUCUUAGAUAGAUUCUUUCUGUGAAAUUUAUAAUGAUACCCUGUACAUUUUUGUUUCUUUUGGAUCAAAACUGGUUUCUUGAGAGAUAUUUGUACAUUUCCAAGAAACUCGCGAUUUUAUUACGAAUUAUCUUUUAAUAAAAUGUUUUCCUAAUGUCUAAAUUAUAAAACAUUAUGAAUAUUGUUUCAGGUUUUAAUUUUCGCCUUUGAAUAAAGAUUUGGUUAGUGGUAUUUUAAAAUGUCUAGGACACUCUCCCUCUCUAAAAACCUUUUUUUCUACUUGUUUAUGUCGUUCUGAAGUCACAAAAUUUUUAUUUAUAAACUAUUACCAUUUAAAGUAAUUUAGGUAAAUCAAUGAAGGAUGGAAUUCGUAAUUACCAAAUUUAUUUUAAAAAUUGAUGCCUCGAAAUAUCUAACAAAAUCACACCUUUAUAUUUUAAAAUAAUAAAGUUAUCUUUCUGGCGAUAUUUCAUUCAAAAAAUGGCGUCAUUUGAUACGCCACUCCACUUAGAUUUGGAAUCAUAUUUUCCAUGGUUCAAAAAACAAGAGGUCAGGCCUCAUCGUCUGACAUAUUUAAAAAAAAUAUAUUGAAUAAAUAUGGAGAAAUUUUGGUAACAGGGAAACUGACAAAAAAUUUGCCAAAAAAUGAUAAUUAAGACACCCAUUUACAAACCCAGCGUUGAACCAAGAUCUGA